AUGCGACCGUUCGCGGUUACUGGUGUUGACUUUGCUGGACCAAUUAUCAUAAGAAGCGGUAUAAGGYGAGUGGUAGCGGUGAAGGCCUGGAUAGCUGUGUAUGUAUGCUUCACCACUAGAGCAGUUCAUCUGGAGGCGGUGGAAGAUUUGUCAAGCCAAGCUUUCCUGGCAUCAUUGCGUCGAUUCACUGCACGUAGAGGCUUAUGUUCCACAAUAUUUAGCGAUAACGGUACAAACUUUGUUGGAGCGAGAAGAGAGUUGUACGCGCAUGUAAGGGAUGCACAGCCACAAAUAGCCCAGAGGGGCAUUGAAUGGAAAUUUAACCCACCAGCAGCACCACAUUUCGGUGGCCUAUGGGAGAGCGCGRUGRAAGCGGCAAAGCAUCACUUAACUCGCAUGAUGGGCGAUGCCAAGCUAUCAAUUGGUGAAUUAUCCACACUAUUGUGUCAGAUAGAAGCUUGCCUCAACUCGCGACACUCACGCCCAUGA